UUAGCCAAGGAACACUUUGGUCGUGUGAAACCAAUACUUGGCCGGUUCAGUGAGCUUGAAGACCUGCUGUCAAACAUGGACGUUAAGCCAGGCAGCAUUGAUGCUGUCCUGUUGGAUGCUGGCUGUUCCUCCAUGCAGAUGGAUGAGGCAGAAAGAGGCUUUUCCCUGAUCAAGGAUGGACCAUUGGAUAUGAGAAUGGAUGGAGACACAGAAGAUAGACUGGUCAAACGUUUCCUGCGGGGAGAUGACUUAUCUAAUCUGGAUCACUUCAGCCAGAGAAAGCAAGGCACCAAGAAGGAAAAUCUAUCGCAUGAAAAAAGAGACGGAAGUGUCUGUUGGCUUCCUCUGCGAAGAAAAGUGAUCACCCCAGAAAAAGACGGCAUUAAGGAGAAUCCUCGAGGACGCUCCUCCAAACUCAGGGCAGCACUCAGACGAUAACUAUUGGACAUUAAAUAUAAGACAAUAGAAGUUGUAAAAAAAAGUUGGAGCUUUUGACAUUGAACAUAAUUAAACUUCUACAAAGACUCAGGGUUAAAUCUCAGUAGAUUUGGUCUUGCUUUGUUACAGAGGAGCU